AUGAACUAUGGAUUGUACUCAUUCGACGAAUCAGUACUCACAUGGCUACGUAUGGAAGGAGAAGAGCGAAACUCAUGGCUGGAUGCGAUCAGAGAUAACAAAUCAAAAGAGGAAAAAGGAGCUCGACUAGGAGGCCAAAAAUCAAAUUGGAGAUCAUUUGAUACAACAAGUGUAGAUGCUUCCGAAACUGGUGCCACCCCAACUGGACAGAAAGAUGUUCUUGCCUCAAACGAGAUGCCAUCGUCUGGUCCCGGGCGUCAACCAACAAUACGUAGGUCUUCAUUGAAAACCCAAAAGAAGAAGAAGAAGGAGCAAGUGGUCUCGAUGGAAAAGCGCGGAUCACAAGUUCCUCUCGACCUUCCGAAUGAAAUCCAGCAGGAAGACGAUGCGCAGGCCUUGAUUGAUAACGCUGACAAGGUUGAUGAGUAUUACUAUGGAAUUCGUAUUUUCCCCGGACAAGAUCCUAGUCAAGUAUGGGUUGGAUGGGUGACUACCCAAUAUCAUUACUAUUCACCAACAUUUCAACCGGAGAAUGUGGAGAGAAGAGGACCUCUCUGUUCAGAAGCUUAUAUAGCAAUGCCACCGAAAUUUCAGGUAUCAGGAACCCUGAUUGGAUGCAUUAUAGACACAUCUAUUGGAGAGCUGGCAUUCCAAGCCUCAGGGCAGGAUACUGGUGUCAGAUUCAAGCUUGAACCAGGUGCUAUGCUAUUCCCAGCCGCGUUCUUUACCCCAACUGCAACUGAAAUCUUGCAGUUUGAACUGGGAAGAAUUAAAGAUGGUCAGUUCUUUGCGAUGAUCCAGUAA